GUUAUAUUGACCUUCUGCUAUAUUAUUCUUAAAGGCAUUAACAUUGAGACUCUUGUAUGGUUCAUACAGGUGAACUUGGAAGAACCAGUUUCAUUUGAAAAUUUCUAACUCUGUUUGACUUGAAACUCCGUGUUCCAAUACUGCACUAAGUGAUGACUUGUUUUACUUUCUUAUUUGGUGGUAAGAAAGUGUCUUCUUCAAAACAAGAUCCAGAUAUCGAUGAAGAACUCUCAGGCAUUCGAAAUGUAAGAAUCUAUACCUACAAAGAACUAAAAGUUGGCUCUGACAAUUUCAGUCCAGCCAAUAAAAUUGGAGAGGGAGGUUUUGGUUCGGUUUAUAAGGGACUGUUAAAAGAUGGAAAAGUAGUUGCUAUAAAAGUUCUUUCAGCUGAAUCAAGACAAGGGGUGAAGGAAUUCAUGACAGAGAUUAAUGUGAUAUCUGAAAUAGAGCAUGAAAAUUUGGUUAAGCUAUAUGGUUGUUGUGUGGAAGGAAAUCACCGAAUUUUAGUCUACAAUUACCUUGAGAACAAUAGCCUUGCACAAACCCUUCUAGGUUCAGGUCACUGUAAUAUCAACUUUGAUUGGAAAACACGAUCUAGGAUAUGCAUUGGGGUUGCAUGUGGGCUGGCCUUUCUUCAUGAGGAAGUGAGGCCACAUAUUGUUCACAGGGAUAUAAAAGCUAGCAAUAUUCUUCUUGACGAAAGCCUUACACCCAAGAUUUCUGAUUUUGGCCUUGCAAAGCUUAUUCCAUCAUACAUGACUCAUGUCAGCACACGUGUAGCAGGAACAAUAGGUUAUUUGGCACCAGAGUAUGCAAUAAGGGGUCAGCUGACACGUAAAGCAGAUAUUUACAGCUUUGGUGUCCUUCUUAUGGAGAUAGUUAGCGGAAGAUGCCAUACAAAUGCACGAUUACCGAUAGGAGAGCAAUAUAUUUUAGAAACGGCGUGGGAACUUUAUCAGCGAAGGGAAUUGGUGGGGCUUGUAGACACAUCACUAAACGGGGAUUUUGAUGCAGAGGAGGCUUGUAAAUUUUUGAAGAUUGGACUUCUUUGUGCUCAGGAUACACCGAAGCUCCGGCCAACCAUGUCUGCUGUGGUCAAGAUGCUCACUGGAGAAAUGGACAUUGAUGAAAUUAAGAUAACAAAACCAGGCCUGAUUUCAGAUUUGAUGGACCUUAAAAUCAGAGAACAAAAAGGUAAUAUUGGUAUGAAGGCUUCAUCUUCAUACAAUACUUCCUCUGCCUCAGACAGCCAGGGGACUACCACGUCAUUAGCUGCUUCAAGCGUUGAAACUACAACCUUCACAAUAAAGCACAAUGAAACCGUGUAAACAUCAGUCAUCAAUGAUUUUCCUUUGGAUUUAAAAUUAUUUUAUUUCAUUUUUCUGAGGCCUCUUUGCUCAUGUAAAUUUGCAAAGCUCCAUAGAUUUGUGUUAAUUUUUUUACUUUUCUGCGUGUCCCUUGAUUGGGAAGUUUUGAAGAAUGUAUAUUAUCUUGUAAAUAGGGACCGUGGUUAUGAUUAAAUGAUGAAUUUGAAGAUCUUUCUAUUUUC